AUGACGUAGAGAAACAGGAAAGAUUAUCUUUGGUAACAAUUGCAAUUUAAACAUGAAAAUUUUUAGUGAGAUGUCAUAAUCAUAUAUGUAAUGUUGGGAAAAUUCUUGUGUGGUUUGUGAUUUAUUUUAUUCUUCCGUCAUUUUUAGGGCAUUGAUUUUUACUUUCUCUUUGUACUCAAGUGAACAUUAUAUAUCAGUGAAUAUACUCCCGUUGUACUCUUGUAUCAGUCCGCGACCUGACGGGAACAGGAAUAUGGGAAAUAAUGGAUGUGUGCGUGCAUUGUCUUCAUAGUGACUGCUUACAUGUAAUUUUUCUGAUUUAGCAAUGCACGAAAACCACGGAUGUUUACACAGCCCACAUGUUUGCGUCCAUGAUGGUUAUUUGAAUGAAGUGAAUGAGAGGAGAAGCCAAACGUGUGCAGCGAAAUAUUGCAUGGCUGCAAGAUUCGUCUGUAGGCUCGGAGCCUACCUGUGACAAGAGCAGCCAUUUGCAGUGCUAAUCCAUUUAGUACGGUUUGAGUGUUACCCCACAGAAUGCAGAGACGUGAAACUAGGAAUAGGGAAAUGGACAAAGAUUUGCGAGAAGAAGCUGCAAAGAGGGUAUCACGUACGAGUACAGGAGGUACGAGAACUAGCAUGCAUACUAGCAAACACAGUGUCUCCAGCAGUUCGGGUCUGUUGAUGGUUGGCCCAAACUUCAAAGUUGGGAAGAAAAUAGGAAGUGGAAACUUCGGAGAGUUACGGCUAGGGAAGAACCUGUACAACAAUGAGCAUGUGGCCAUCAAAAUGGAACCAAUGAAGUCAAAAGCACCACAGCUGCAUCUGGAGUACAGAUUCUACAAACUACUCGGAUCUCAAGAAGGAAUCCCUGAGGUGUUCUACUUCGGACCUUGUGGGAAGUACAACGCGUUAGUUAUGGAGUUAUUAGGACCCAGUCUGGAAGAUUUGUUUGACCUGUGUGGACGAAGGUUUUCUCUCAAGACAGUCCUUAUGAUCGCCACUCAGCUUCUUCAUAGGAUAGAGUAUGUACAUAGUCGACACCUGAUAUAUAGAGAUGUCAAACCUGAAAACUUCCUCAUAGGACGUAGUACUACAAAGAAGGAUAAAGUUAUACAUAUUAUAGAUUUUGGCUUAGCGAAGGAGUAUAUAGACUUAGAAACCAACAAGCACAUACCAUAUCGGGAACAUAAAAGUCUAACUGGAACUGCAAGGUAUAUGAGCAUCAACACACAUUUAGGCAAAGAGCAAAGUCGACGAGAUGACCUUGAAGCCUUGGGUCAUAUGUUCAUGUACUUUCUCCGAGGAAGCCUUCCUUGGCAAGGGCUGAAAGCUGAUACCCUUAAAGAGCGCUACCAAAAGAUUGGUGACACAAAGAGGGCCACACCAAUUGAAGUGCUCUGUGAGGGUCACCCAGAGGAAAUGGCGAUGUAUUUGCGCUAUGUACGAAGGCUGGACUUCUUUGAAACUCCCGACUAUGAGUACCUUAGAAAAUUAUUCCAGGAUCUCUUUGAACGGAAAGGCUAUGUGGAUGACGGAGAAUUUGAUUGGACGGGAAGAACAAUGUCUACACCUGUUGGGUCCCUACAGACAGGCCAUGAAAUAGUGGUAUCGCCCAACAGAGAUCGCCAUGCAACGGCCAACAAGGAUGGAGAUUAUGAUGAAUAUGAGGACGAUGACAGUGUUUUAAUAUUUGAGGGUGGAGGAAAAGGUGUACCUGCGUGGCCCGAUGUGCCAAAGCAGCAAAGUAAUGCAAUGGGUAACCUUACUCCGGCAGACAGGCAUGGGGGAUCAGUACAGGUUGUGAGUUCGACCAAUGGUGAGCUGGCCAAUGAUGAUCCAACAGCUGGUCAUUCCAAUACACCUAUCACUGCACAAGCGGAAGUUGAAAUAGUUGAUGAAACAAAAUGUUGCUGCUUCUUCAAACGGAAGAAGAAGAAGUCUGGCCGACAGAAGUGACUAGCGGUGGUACAGUGCAGCCCAGAACGUGAGGCAGUGACACUGCUACGUGCCACCUCCCAUUCAAACUCACGUGACAGUAUGCUGAACGGUAGCUGUCCAGCUGUGCCAGCGGGCUCUGCAUGAGCCACUGUGCCCUGGCACUGCUUUGUCACACGUGUGUGUGUGUGUGUGUGUGUGUGUGUGUGUGUGUGUGUGUGUGUGUGUGUGUGUGUGGGCGCGCGUGUGUGGGCACUUGCUCACACUCACACCUUUUUCAGAUGCUUGUGUGCAAACAUCUAGGUGCAGAUGGUUGCGUCCAUGCCAUAAUGUGCACUGAUUAUGCUGAUGGUCCAGCUGACACUGGAUUGAUGUGAAAGUAUUGUUUUCUUUUGUUAGUUAAGUGAUGAAUCAUCCCGGAUAUAUAUAUAUAUAGUCUUCAACUUAAUGUGGAAAUCUACCUUAAUUUAUAUUUGUACAUUUUUGUUUACUUUGUGCCCUCCAUAAAUCGUGCAUGAAACCUUGCAUUCUGUAAUUGCAGUAUCAUGUUUAUAGUACUGUGGCAACAACUUUAUCUCACCUUUAGGUAAUAUUGUUUCCAAAAUAUUACAGCUGAUGCUACUGGUAAUGCCUUUGUAAACUAUUUUAUUCUCAUUUUAAAGAUGUGAGGCAACUUUGUUGCUGUUGUACUAGUAUAAUUGCUUCCAAAAAGUGUAACUUCAUGAAAAGUGAUAUGCCGUUUCAUUUUUUACCAUCUUUUAUGUAAAAAAAGAAAAAAAAAUGCUUUCAGUAACAGAAAAAUCUGGACCUGAAACUGUUGUUAUUGCUAAUUGUAUGUCACACCUUGCAAAUCUGUCACAGAAGCAUGUAAAACCCCUAUAUGUAAUGCACAAAUUGACCACUUCAUGAAUUUUGGUAGUGUUAAAUUAUUUUUGCAGAAUAUAAUCAUUUGAAGAUGUUCCUAGGUACCAGAAAAUAAAAUUUUUGUGGAUAUCUGUUCACGAAAAUAUCAGAAAUGCAUACCAAUGUGAAUGAAAGACACUGUUUGUCAUUGUCAGACACAUUUAUAACAGGUGCCUAGUUUAUGGAAGUACCUCUGAUUGUGAAAAGAAUUCUUGUAAGUGUAAGUUUACUAAUUGGUUAUUGGUUUUGUGUCAGGAAAGUUGCAAGAAUUACAGUUAACUUCAAAGGAUAUGGCCUUUGUUAUCUAAGUAACACCAAGAAUUAAAUUUUCACUCAUGGAAUUGUAAUUUAGCAGCCUGUUCAUUGGCUGAAGAAAGAGAAAAAACAGGCUGUAGUAACCAGUUAGAACGUUCGUGGAUCAUCUGAAUCAGAAUUUUAUGAUUAGUUCAAUGUAUCUGACCUGUAGUCCAUCAUCACCCUAUCCCAACUUGCUCUCCCAAAGGUAUAUGCACUGAGUUGUUGUUGUCAAGGCGUAACAAUCUUUAGUGUCAGUGAUACGGCUACCACUUGUGACUCCAUACAUUUAAAGAACAGUUUGACUCAAUCAGUUAUACAUGAUUAUGAGACAUUUUUACAGUGAGGUGUCAGUAAUAACAAGAAGUCUUCUUUGCAGUAUUUGCAAAGAUAAGUCUGUGACUGGACCACCAAACUCCCAUCAUAUUUGUGUUUGGAAUGUAACUUAUAUUUUCAGAAUCUUUCCAAGAAGCUGUGUGUUACUUUUCUUUUCAGCCCUCAUGUUUUUCAUUUCAUACUCCACCUCAUGCCCUACCUUCCUCCCCUCCCCCUCUAAUUAAAAUAUUGUUCCAUUUUAAUUGUAUAUAAUUUAUUUUUAUUUUUGAAAUGUGAAGAGGACAGAUGUAUACUUCAUAUAGAUAACUGCAUACUUUGUUCCCAUUGUUAAAUGAAUGGGUUGUGAUUUGUUUUGUGUAGUUUCUGUAUAUAAUGGUUAUUCCAUCUGCAACACAUACGAGAAAAUAAUAAAAUAUUGCGUAAUUUUGUUUUAAA